AUGGAGGCAAAGAUCUGCGUCCUGGACACCGCCAGUUUCUCGAGCUGCCAUGGUGAUCUCGUGACCAUGGUGGAAUCGGUGCUGCAGCGCCUGCAACGGGAUCGCAUCAAGGUGAUCCUUGUCUUCAAGGACGAAUGCCUUUGGGCUGCCGUACGUCGAGCGAGUGGAAGAACGGGGUGUUUGUACCUCCCAGCCUUCAACGAACCGACGAUCCUGGAUACCUUGGAGCUUUGCAUCCAGUAUGACAAUGCCUACUUCAUCACUGCCUUCGACCUGAGCACACUGGAGGCGGACUGGCGAGUGUCCAGCAGCACCAAGGCGUGGUUAAAGAAGUACACUUCGCAGCUUCAAGUGACCUACUUCUUUGACCAGCAUGGCAUUUUCCACCCCAGCUGGCCGGUCCCGGAGCCCGCUCCGCGUGCGCGCGGACCGGAGCGUCCGCGACCGCGACCCUUGGAGCGACCGGAGUUCCGUCCUCAAGAGCGACCGGAGGUCAAGCAAGCAGCGGAGCCCGCCGCGAGGUGGCUGCGGCAGGAGUUCGUGAAGUUGCCCACGGGCUGGUGGACCGAUCAACUUGAGCCGGAGAUGGCCGUGCUACCGCUGCGCGUGGCCGGCGCUUUGCAGCCCGUUUUAGCCAUUGUGGGUGCCAAUGAGAAGGAUCCCAUCCUUCAGCAAGCCGUGUCAUGGUGCAACAACCUUCCCUGCAUCAAGGUGCAGGAGCAUGAAGACUUCCAGACGUGGCGCGCCGCACAGGUGAGGGGCCCCUGGUCUGAUCGUGGCUGGACCUCGCAUGUGGCCUUCGCAGUGGGCGGCGAGAUUGAUGGCCUUUGGGCCAUCGGCGCCGGCACCAAGAAGCUCGCGCGGAAGCGCGCCGCGCGCCUGGCGCUGCUGGUGGCCGAGCGCGCACAGCGCCACGGCGCAGGACCUCAGGAUCCACUCUGGGACUUGGUGGAGCGUGCCAAGCAGCUCCUGGAACAUGCGUGCAGUGCGAACGUGGAAGCAGAUGCUGUGGAUGGCGCACUGUCCACGGGUCCGCUGAACGGCGAGGACCGGAAAUGGCCGCCGGCCACUUCCGCAGCGCGCGAGCCCGCGCGGGACGUCGCAGCGGCAGUGCCGCGUCAAACGGCCAGCAGCUGGCUGAGCAACGGGCUGGCUGAGUAA